AUGUCUCUAGAAGUCAUUUACGUGACCCGGCAUGGGUUCCGUUCCCCAUGGGCUGUUGACCCGUCUACUGGUAACUAUACCGCUUCCGUCCGUUCUCCUACGGGUUUACCAACCGACCCGGCUCUUGCAUCCCACGGCAUUGAGCAGGCAAACGAGCUAGCGGAAUACCUACUAGGGCUUGACCCGCCGAUAGAGCAAGUCUAUUCUAGUCCCUAUUAUAGAUGCAUGCAGACAAUUCAGCCCUUUAUAUGCAAACUUAGAAAUCGAGAGGCCCAAUCGUCUGGGAAUGUCUCAGGAGAUCCACACUCCAAGAUUCGUGUAGAUCUCGGCCUUAGUGAAUGGUAUGGCCUAGCACACUUCGAGCACCCGUCAUCCGCACCCCUAAACAAGUUGCAGAGCCUCUUCCCCGAGCUCGAUGCGAGCUACGCAUCUAGUCCGGCGCCUUCACGCCGUGGGGAGACUCUACCACAGUUGCAUGAUCGGGUUGCACAGGCGAUCGACUUCAUUAUUAGACGCAGCGACCAGGAGGGUCAUAAAGCCGUGCUAGUAUGCACUCAUGCAGCGGUAGUUAUCGCGCUAGGGCGGGUUCUUACUGGGCAUGUCGAGCAAGACUUCGGGGCAUUUACUUGCGGACUAAGCAAAUACAGGCGGCGGCGUCGUAGCGCCAUCCAAGCGUCUAUAGAGUCUGGAAGUAAGGCAGAAACUGACGCCCUAAUCCCGGCAGCGCGGGACGACGGAGAGACUAGAGAAGCAAGAUCUAAAAUCCACUUGAAAAUCGAUCCUGAAUGCAAUGUCGAUCGCCAGCCACACGACUCAGUGUCGCCCGAUCCAGGGUCGCUAGGGAGAGUUGGCUCCGGACUUUACGGAGGCUGGACUUGCGAAUUGGACUCUGAAUGUAGCUUUCUUCGAGGCGGCGAGGAAAGAGGAUGGAAAUUUUCUGGCGACGAAUCGUUCAUCGAGGCGGACGAUAAUAGCGUGUGGCCGUCGGCAGCGGCCUCCAACCUUGACCCAACCGCCGAGGACGGUAGAAUAGCAAGUAGCAACCGCCAUAGUGACCCAGUAGUCGAUCGGUCUAAGCUAUGA